AGAGUGGAAAAUGUGGAGACCCUCGCUGGGUUUCCACGGCCUCCAUCGGCCUUGCUGAGCCCUGGCCAGAUCCUGCUGUGCCUUGCACGGCGGGAAAGCCGUGGACACGCGCCAGGGUGACUUCAGCUGCGUGCUCAGGGGGGGCUGUUUUUGUCCCGGCAGGGGGGCCUCUGCUCUACGACCAUGUGAAGCUCAUCUACAACUCCACGCAGCUCAACGGCACCCAGCGCGUGCUGCUGGACGACGUCCUGUCCGAGGAGGAGUGCCGCGAGCUCCACCGAGUGGCCACCGGCAUCAUGAUGGCUGGCGACGGCUACCGCGGGAAGACCUCGCCCCACACCCCCAGCGAGAAGUUCGAAGGUGCCACCGUCCUUAAGGCUCUCAAGCACGGCUUCGAGGGGCGCGUGCCCAUGCAGAGCGCCCGCCUGCUGUACGACGUCAGCGAGAAGGCGCGCCGCAUCGUGGAGUCCUACUUCCAGCUCAACUCCACGCUCUACUUCUCCUACACCCACAUGGUGUGCCGCACCGCGCUGCCCGGCCAGCAGGAGAAGCGGAACGACCUGAGCCACCCCAUCCACGCUGACAACUGCCUGCUGGAGCCCGAGGCCAACGAGUGCUGGAAGGAGCCCCCAGCCUACACCUUCAGGGACUACAGCGCGCUGCUCUACAUGAAUGCAGAUUUCGAGGGAGGGGAGUUCAUCUUCACCGAAAUGGAUGCCAAGACUGUUACUGCCUCAAUCAAGCCCAGGUGCGGGCGCAUGAUCAGCUUCUCGUCCGGCGGGGAGAACCCGCACGGCGUGCGGGCUGUCACCAAAGGGCAGCGCUGCGCCGUGGCGCUGUGGUUCACCUUGGACCCUCUGUACCGGGAGCUGGAGCGGAUCCAGGCCGACGAAGUGAUCACGCAGUUAGACCAGGAGCACCUGGGCACGGGGGAAUUGAACAUCAACCCGCGGGACGAGCUCUGAGCCCCGCUUGAGAGACUCUAUUUGCUAUUUAUUUAAUAUUGCUAAUCUAAUGAGAACCCGUCUAUUUUUGUACAGAGCCUCGGUAUAAGUUAACGGGGGGGUUGGGGGGUACCAGAGCGCGGCGCUCCCGCCGGGCCCCCUGGGCUGGGCAUGUCUCGCUGCCUGCCCGCACACUCGCCCGCCUGGCCCCGUGCUUCUUGGUUCCUCUCGCAUGCACGUUCCUCUGGGCUCCCCGCUGCCCUGGAAAACAGACGUGGGGGCUCAGAGAGGAACAGCAUCCUGGUCCCUGCAGGGUCUGGGUGAGGGUGCACCAGGGGUUUGCUGGAGCUGGCUGUGCUUUCCGUGCCCUGUCCCUUCCCGAAGCCUCCGCACUUUGAGCACUGCUGUCUGGGACCCCUGGGAUGGCUAGGUGAUGGGCUCCAGCGUUGUGCAUGGCCAGUUGGAAGAGGGGGCAUGCAGCUGAGCUAGCACAGCACUAGGGUGCUGUUCACCCCGUGCAGGUGAUGUCUGCCCUAGAAAACUGUUUAAAUUGGUCUUUUGCUAUGUACAGCACCUGGCGAGGGUCAGUGCAGCGUGGACCCACUCUCCACACAGCCUUGUGGGGAUGGUGCCAGGGCUUGUGAUCCCUCCGGUUGCUCUUUCUUUCCCCCUUCGCCCUCCUGCCAGCAUUUCCAAGCUUCUUGGCACCUUGAGCCAGUCCUUUCUUUCUCUGCUGCUAAGCCCGGUCUUGUAGCAGCAUCCUGCUGGUUGGAGGAGCUGUGUGCAGAGAGACCCAUGCACAGGGGGGUAUUCCCAGUACUCCCAGAGCCCCCCCACCAGCAACUUGCAGCCAUUGCAGAGCUUGCACCAUGUCAGUGCAGGCGGUCUGGGCUUCAUACACCUGCAUGGACCAGGCAGCUAGGCAGGAGGGCCACGGGCUCUGGGCACAGAGGCAGCAGCCAUGUCCCUGAUGCUAGUCGGAGCAAGGGCACCCCAGUCCCUGAAAGGCCCCGACCAUAGGGCUGCUGCCAUCAGUCCCCAAGGUCACACCUUAGCUGCUGAUGGGCUCUCCCUCAGCCCAGGCCUGAUCAGACGCCUCUUGGAGAAGCGCUUGGCACACGGGAACAGGCUGUGCAUGGGAAACGCUCCCUGCUGGAAGCCGCUGCGUUACCCUCGCGCACGGGGUUGGAUGUACACCUCGCUGCUGGCUGCACCGACGCCGCGGGAGCACCGUCGAGGGUUGUGCUAGCAUGCACCUGCUGCAUGCCUGCACCCAGCUGCCUCUGCCCUGCACCCCAGCACGUGGAGGGGCACAGCCGGGGCUGUGUGAGGGAGGUUGGGAGCUGGCACUGAACCACAGGAGAAAUAAAUGAGCCACAGUCAGCAGCCGUUUCCUGGUCUGA